AUGUACGUUUGCCGUUCCCGUGGUACCAGAAGGGAGGGGGACUACAAGUUGCCUGGUUCCAACUCUUCAAGUGCUUCCCUCUAUGCAGUCUUCAAAGAAAAUGUGCUUCUCGCCGUCUUCACCUCCUGGUCGCUGUGUGCCGUCCUCACCGCCUAUGACAUCCUGCCGCCAUCUUCCCCUGCCAGGACUGACACCACUGGAAACCUUAUGGCAAACUCACCCUGGUUCAGAGUGCCAUACCCUGGUCAGUGGGGAGUGCCAACCGUGCCAGUCGCAGGGGUGGUUGGGAUGCUCGGAGGCUCCCUGGCAUCGAUCAUCGAGAGCAUCGGAGACUACUAUGCAUGUGCCAAGAUAGCAGGUGCCCCGAGACCUCCUACCAGUGCCAUCAAUCGCGGCAUUGGCAUCGAGGGCAUCGGGUGCCUUCUGGCGGGGCUCUUUGGCACCGGGAAUGGCACUACCUCUUGUUCGCAGAAUAUCGGGGCUAUCGGCGUGACGAAGGUCGGCAGCCGGCGCGUGGUGCAAUACAGUGCCAUCAUCCUCAUCAUCUCGGGCGUCUUCGGCAAGUUCGGGGCCCUCUUCGUCUCGAUUCCGGAGCCCGUGAUGGCCGGAGUCUUCAUCAUCAUGUUCGCGAUGAUCACCGCCGUCGGCAUGGCUCCCCUCCAGUACAUUGACCUCAAUUCUUCAAGGAAUCUCUUUAUCUUAGGGUAUUCAAUAUUCUUCGGCCUGGCUGUGCCCAAGUGGCUGGAGGUGAACCCUGGCAUUCUGCGGACAGGCGUCCCAACGCUGGACCAAAUUCUGACCGUCGUGUUGCAAGUUCCGAUGUUGGUUGGCGGGUUCAUCGGGUUCUUCCUCGAUAACACUGUCCCAGGAACGGACAAGGAGCGCGGUCUGAUCCAGUGGAGAGCUCACCUGGACGACCGCGACCGAGGGAAGGACAGGGGAGAAAUCCAGGGACUUUCGUGCUAUGACUUCCCCGUCGGAAUGGACUUCAUUAAGAGGAAUGACUGGAUGCGCUACAUCCCCAUCUGCCCGACCUUCCGUGGUUUUAGCUUUCCCCGGAGCUCCCCCGCGUCAGCACUCGGGGACCUGGAGACUAAUUAUCACGACUGACUGUAUUCCCAAAUGAGCGUGGGAUGAAGAGAAAGGGGAAGAGCGGAGGUCAAGAUGAAGAGAGGAUGGCGAAAUAAGGAAUCUUUUAGAUUUUUUUUUUCUUGUGAUAAAGUGUUUAUAUUGAGGAUUCAACUUUUUGUUCUAGACAGUUGCUUGUAUCACCUUUUUUUUUCUCUUUAUAAUGCAAAUGUUUGGUAGACAAUAGCUCAAAGUCAGUCGAAACACAAUGUCAAAAUCAAUUCUCUACUCAGGUUGGUUUUUGUAC